AUGGGAAAUGCAUGCUUUUCUCACUGCCAACGGCCUCACCAGCAUGCGGGGACCACCAAGGAACAAGGUGCAUUUGUAUCGAUUGGAAGCAGCAGCACUACUGCCAGUGAAACAGGAGAAAGUUACAAUAAUAUCAGAGACGGGUUGUCAGCAGAUGAUGCCGCUUACCACGAUGAAGAUUUGUUCUACGACAGUGACGCCUAUGUGUGGUUUGAUGCUUUUGAAAACUUUCCUGACGAGGGAGAGGCAUCCUUUUCCUUGUCAAUUCCUGCCCUCAAAAUGGUUCGAACAAGACUCAAGGAUUCCUUUCCCAACGAUCGUAACUUUCUGAAUGAUGACUAUAUUCGAUCCAUGGCAUGUCAAGCAUAUGCCAAGGAUAGAAACCCAAGACGGGCUAUUGAGACCACCAUUGAAGUUUUGUCCAACAUUAUGGAAUGGCGUGACGUCCAAAACGUUUCCGAAUUGCCGCAUUUGGUGUCCAUGGCGGCCGCGUCGCAAGCCCAACUGCAGCGUUGGAAAGUCAGUCAAAGUCAAUUGAAGCGUGCUCAAAAUCUGGUGAAAUUUUUGAAUACUGGCAGUGUCUAUUGGCAUGGGAUGACCAAGGAUGGUCGACCAAUACUCUGGGUGCGGGCCCACCGUUUUUUGUUGCCAGCAGCGAAGAUAUUACUACUAGUACAGGAGGACGAGAACCUUGUGGAUGAGGCUCAAAGGAUGGCGUUGCUACUGCUGGCGGACUUGGGCAUUCAACAUGGUAUGCCGGAUGGUAUUUCGAACGUUUGUGUCAUUUGUCAUGCCGAGUCGUUGUCCGCUCCUACUCCCAAUGAUGCCAAUAAGUUUGCUGCUGCUGCUGCUGCUGCUGCUACUGCUAGUAGGAGUGGACCCAUACUAGAAUUGUUGACCAAGGGAUAUCCCAACCGAAUCCAUCAAGUAUGGAUUACCACUCCUGUAUCGAGUACUAGUACAAUGGACGAAUGGAUUCAAAUGCAAUCUCCCUUGUUGCCCGAUGAAUUGGCCGAAAGCCUUAUCAUUUGCGAUGAUGAUGAUGAUGAUGAAGAGGAAGAAUGCCAAGAACGAUUGGCCGAAGAAGUACUGCUCAAUGGAUGGGAAGAUUUGCCUGCCUUUUUGGGUGGCCCCAAUCAAGAUCAUGAUCAUUUUUAUCCUGACUCAUCGAGUCGGGAGGGGUCUUUUUUGGAGUUUGAUUUCUAUGGCAUGAAGGAGCGACUGAUGGAGCAACGAAUGGAAUACGAAGAGCGAAUGCGGCGAGAAUGA